AAUAAUUAUACAGUCUCAAUAAUAAUUUUAGGGCCCUCUACUGUGUGGCGCCGGGGAUGCCAUGAUGCUGAGUGGAUUUACACGGAUGUUGACACUCUCACUGAAAAAGAAUGGGUGUGUCGGAGCCUCGGAUGGGCGUUAAACUCUGUUGUCGUCCAUCUACAUGUCAGUGGCAUCACCCAAGCUCCAGCAAGCAAGACUGUGACUCCAGUAUUGUUGUGAUGAAAACAGCUGGAAUGAGCCACCUGGGUGGUUUGAUGUUACUGGUCCUGGCCUUUACUUUCACAGGGGAGAAUAUUCUGACUCUGGAUUAUUCUUCUGGAGAUUUUCUGGAGAUGGAAUCUGGUGAUAUUUCGAUGACGGAAUAUGCAUCUGGAGAUUUUCUGGAGAUGGAAUCUGGUGGUUUUACGAUGACGGAAUGUGCAUCUGGUAAGACAAAAUUUGUUAUAAAUAAUAGAAGAUUGAGUUUCACACAUCCACAUACCACACACCACAUUCCAUAA